AUGAGCGGCCUCGCGACUAAGCAGCAGUCGCAAAAGCUGUUUGAGAAGCUCAAGGCCAAGCAAGCAAACAAGAUCUGCUUCGACUGCGGUGCCAAAGCCCCGACCUGGACAUCCGUGCCCUUUGGCAUCUAUCUGUGUCUGGAUUGCUCCUCCAACCACCGAAACCUCGGUGUUCACAUCUCCUUUGUCCGGUCCACCAAUCUUGAUCAAUGGCAAUGGGAUCAGCUUCGUGUCAUGAAGGUGGGCGGAAACGAGUCGGCAACCAAGUACUUCCGCGCAAAUGGUGGCAGCGCUGCACUGGCCAGCAAAGAUCCAAAGACAAAGUACCAAUCAGCUGCUGCUACGAAGUACAAGGAUGAGCUCAAGAAGCGAGCUGCCAGAGACGCCCUCGAAUUUCCCGACGAGGUCGUCAUCACGGACGCUACCGACGCCGAUGCCUCUGCCACCCCGGCAGGCGAACCCGACGACGACUUUUUCUCGUCCUGGGAUAAGCCCGCCAUCAAGAAGCCCACACCACCCAUCUCGCGAACCGCCACACCUCCUGUCCUCGGCAGGACGCCUUCACCUUUCUUGAACGCCGGCGCUAAUGGCAAGGACAUUUCACGGUCCGCCUCGCCACUCUCCAAGACCGAGUCCGGAGAAGCCAAGCCAGCUCCAAGCCGAAUCACUUCGUCUGCUGCUCUGCGGAAAACCACCAGUGGCGCCGCUGGUCCCCGUAAGACCAACGUCCUUGGCGCCAAGAAGAACACCAAGUUGGGCGCCAAGAAGGUCACUGCCGACGUUAUCGAUUUCGACGAGGCUGAAAAGAAGGCCAAGGAGGAGGCCGACAGGGUUGCCAAGUUAGGAUAUGACCCCGAAGCCGAGGAGGUUGAGGCCAAGAAGACCGCCACCAAGACUGAGGCCAGCAAUGUAGCCUCUCCUGCUCCCGCCAGCCCUGCUUAUGGCUCCGGCCAUUCAAGGCAGAAGUCAGCAGCAGAGGUCGAGCGUUUGGGCAUGGGCUUUGGUCGGUUAGGCUUCGGCCAGGUUGGAGGUGCCAAGCCUGCUGCUGCUCCUGCCCCCAAGAAGAAUGCUGGCGGUUUCGGCUCGGUAGGACCGGUCAAGGCAGCUGCAGAGGACGAUGGUGAGAAGUACGCCCGCAGCAAGUUUGGUGCACAAAAGGGUAUCUCAUCAGAUGAGUUCUUUGGGAGAGGCACGUUCGACCCGAACGCUCAGUCUGAAGCCAAGACACGUCUGCAAGGAUUCGAGGGCGCCAGCGCCAUCUCAUCAAAUGCUUACUUCGGUCGCCCAGAAGACGAAGACAACGGCGGCGAGGAUUACGGCGAUCUGGAAAAUGCCGCCAAGGACUUUGUGCGCAAGUUUGGUAUCACUGCGGGAGACGAUCUCGAAAACCUGACCAGUGCUUUGGGCGAGGGUGCGACUCGUUUACAAGGUGCUAUCCGUAACUACCUUGGCAAUUAA